CGGUCACAGAACUUUCCAAUUUCUAAAAUUCCUAACGAAGCAAAUAAUCAACGAAGCUGAGCAAUGGACGUGGCUCAUUGCUAUUUACAAGGCAAUGCUGAUGCCGUUGAGUUUUGCCCCCACGAAGGUUACCAAAAUGUGUUGGCGGCUUCAACGUACACCCUACAAGAAGGUGAGCAACCAACCCGAGCUGGCAGUAUUUCGUUAUUCGAUGUCAAUGCCGAAAAGGGUAAUCUCGAGUUGUUUCAUCGCGUGGAUACUGCUGGGAUUUUUGAUAUUAAGUGGAGCACAAUUGGAAGUAACGCCGGGCCUCUCCUUGCUCAAGCUGAUGCUGAUGGGUACUUGAGAAUCUAUAGUUUUGAGGGUUCCUCUAACGAAGAGAAAACCAGAGGAGGUUUUCUUAAUGAAGUCAGCGGUGAAAGAAUCAGCUCAUCCAUGUGCCUUUUCCUUGAUUGGAACCCAUCGGCCACGUCUAUUUCAGUUGGACUUUCUGAUGGUUCUGUUUCGAUAAUAACCAUUGCAGAGUCUGGAAUAGAGAAGUUACAAGAGUGGAAGGCGCAUGACUUUGAGCUUUGGACAACUUGCUUCGACAUUCAUCAGCCACAAUUAGUAUAUACGGGAUCGGAUGACUGCAAAUUCAGUUGUUGGGAUAUAAGGGAUAGUCCGUCCGAUAGGGUUUUCCAGAACUCCAAGGUCCAUAAGAUGGGAGUUUGUUGCAUUGCCAAGAGCCCCAACGACCCGAACACCAUACUUACGGGUAGCUACGAUGAGUACUUGAGGGUAUGGGAUCUAAGAUCUAUCUCAAGACCAGUGAAUGAAGCUUCAGUUUGUCUUGGUGGAGGAGUUUGGAGAAUCAAGCACCAUCCUUUUGUUUCAGGCAUGAUCUUAGCGGCUUGUAUGCACAAUGGAUUCGCAAUCGUCAAGAUCGGAGACAAGAAACCGGAAGUCGUCGAAGCUUACAGUCAGCAUGGCUCACUUGCGUAUGGGGCAGAUUGGCAGAGAGCGAAAAUAUUACCGGGCGGCGAAACCAAGAGUACUACUGUGGCUACUUGCUCGUUUUAUGAUCGGCUUCUUCGAUUAUGGAUGCCAAAAAGUGAUAUUUGUUGCAUUUAAUGACGUGUUAGCUUUGUUCACAUUACAAACCAAUUAUGUUGGUUUAGGAAAUA